AUGGCCACUAUACCUCAUAUCGUUAUAUUAUCCUAUGAAGAACAAAAGAUAAAUAAAUUCGUUUCAUACUUGACACAAGUAUUUGAAGUAAUAGAAUGGUAUGAAAAUUCAGAUAAGUAUGAGGUCAUGUUUGACCACAAGAAUAUCUCUAGUGACAUUAAUUGUUCUUUUGUUUUUAAGCAGAUUGUAAAGGUGCGCAUUGUGAAUAAGUACUACAGUGCUCAAGUUAUUAUUUCUUCUUGUGUAGUUGAAUUAAAAGGACUUGAUAUUCAUGAACAGUUACAUGUAUCACAAGUUAAGUCAAGAGGAGAGAGAAAUCCUGAAACACAGAAUCAUACAUGUGAUAUCCCCAGAAAUAAAGAAUUAAAUGCAAAGGACAUACUUUGUGAAAGCGUUAUAUUUUUGUUUAACGAUUUUAGUGAAAAAGAAAAAAAACUUAUUAAUGAAAACCCAUUUAGGAAUUAUGAUGAAGAAUGUGUUGAAUAUAUAAAAGACCCCAAUAAUAGUCAAAAAAUCAUACGAAAUGAAAAUUUUGAUUUUUCCAAUUUUUAUAAAGAUGUGGGUAUAAAAAUUUCCAUUUUCCCUUUAUUUCUUGAAAAAGACAAAAGAGAUAUUGUCAGUUUUUUUAGUGACUAUUUUAUUGAAUGUUUGUACAUAAAUUAUGAAUCCGAUUUUUCGACAGAAAAUAUCCAAAUGCUGCAGGGAACAAAUGAGAUCGACAAGGAAAACAAAAAAGUAAAAGAAAGAAAAAAAAGUCAAUUCCACGAAUUUGAAGAAGAAGAAGAAGAAGACAACGAUAAAAGGUUGGUAGAAGCUCUUCACUGCCAUAUGUGGAAGGGUUUGCAAAUCACACGUGACAGGUUAAUAAUUCAGAAGGGAAAUUUCCCUAUGGGGGAACUGCCUAAAAUUGAAAAGUGUUCACAAAAUGGGGAGAUUACUAAGGAUGAAAAAUGUGCACAACAUGGGGAAAUUACUACGGAUGAAAAAUGUGCACAAAAUGGGGAGAUUAUUACAGAUAAAAAAUGUGCACAAAAUGGGGAGAUUAUUACAGAUAAAAAAUUUGCACAAAAUGGGGAAAUUAUUACAGAUAAAAAAUGUGCCAAGAUUUCUGAAGGAAAAAAGGAAGACUUGUUCAUGGAAAACUUUAACAAGAUUGUCGAAAAAAUAAAAUUAGCAAAAAUUGAAAAUAAAAAUUGCACGAGCGAUUCGGCAAGGAGAAAAAAAGCAGAAGAUAUAAUUUUCGAACUGCAGCAGUAUUUUUGCGAAAUUGAUGAGGACUAA